GAACUAUUGCUAGAAAGGUUGUUCGGCUGGCUGUGCGUGAAAAGACGACUCAAAACGCAUUUAAUUGAAAACUGUGCACGAUAAAAGGUACCCACGUCGCACCAGUGAAAGGCACGUGAACGCCAAAGAGAGUGCAGAAUCGGCAAAUUGCGUAAAGUAAGCGACCAACGGAGCCUCGCAUCAUCGUCUCACCAGGUUUUCACGGCUUGCUGUCAUCGCCGAUAUCCAAUACCCAGCAAAGGAGAGGAGAGUAAAACAUGGCUGCCAGCACGAGCGGUGAUAAAGCUGCGGAUGAUUCACUGUAUCCCAUCGCCGUUUUGAUCGAUGAGCUGAAGAAUGAAGAUAUUCAGCUGCGGCUGAACUCGAUUAAGAAGCUAUCGACCAUUGCCCUAGCCCUGGGUGAGGAGCGCACCCGCAACGAACUGAUCCCCUUCCUGACGGAGUCCAUCUACGACGAGGAUGAGGUCCUGCUGGCGUUGGCCGAACAGUUGGGCAACUUCAUUCCCCUGGUCGGGGGCCCGGAGUUUGCGAUGUAUCUCAUUCCGCCACUCGAAUCGUUGGCCACGGUCGAGGAGACGGUCGUGCGCGAGAAAGCCGUCGAAUCGCUGCGCACCGUUGCCGGCCAGCACAGUGCCCAGGAUCUGGAAGUACACCUAGUACCGACGCUCCAGCGCUUAGUAACCGGCGAUUGGUUCACCUCUCGUACGUCCGCUUGCGGCCUGUUCUCCGUCUGCUAUCCACGUGUUUCGGCCGCCGUCAAAGCGGAACUUCGCAACAACUUCCGCACGCUGUGCCAGGACGAGACCCCCAUGGUGCGAAGGGCGGCUGCCGGCAAGCUGGGCGAGUUUGCCAAGGUCGUCGAGGUUGAGUACCUCAAAUCCGACCUGAUCCCCAUGUUCGUAACGAUGGCCCAGGACGAGCAGGAUUCGGUACGUCUGCUGGCGGUUGAGGCGUGCGUCAGCAUUGCGCAAUUGUUGCCCCAGGAUGAAGUAGAAGUGAACGUGAUGCCAACACUGCGACAGUGUGUGAACGACAACUCGUGGCGCGUACGGUACAUGGUGGCCGAGAAGCUGACCGAUUUGCAGAAGGCGGUCGGCCCGGAGAUCACCAAAGUUGACCUCGUGUCGGCCUUCCAGUUUCUGCUGAAGGACAGUGAGGCCGAAGUCCGCGCCUCGGCCGCCACCAAGGUGACGGAAUUUUGCCUGAAUCUCGACAAGGCCGCCCAAGAGCAGAUCAUCAUGUCGUCAAUCCUGCCGUGCGUGAAGGAGCUAGUGGCCGACUCGAACCAGCACGUCAAGUCGGCUCUGGCCUCCGUCAUCAUGGGCCUGAGUCCGAUCGUUGGCCGGAACAACACGAUCGAGCAUCUGCUGCCACUGUUCCUGGUGCAGCUGAAGGACGAGUGGCCCGAGGUGCGCCUCAACAUCAUCUCGACGCUCGAGUGCAUCAACGAUGUGAUCGGUAUUCAGCAACUGUCGCAAUCGCUUCUGCCGGCCAUCGUCGAACUAGCCGAGGACAGCAAGUGGCGCGUCCGGUUGGCCAUUAUCGAGUACAUGCCACUGUUGGCCGGCCAGCUGGGUCAGGAGUUCUUCAAUCAGAAGCUGCGCGAUCUGUGCUUCAACUGGUUGAACGAUCACGUGUACGCCAUUCGCGAGGCCGCCACACUGAACAUGAAGAAGAUCGUGCAAACGUUUGGGACGCAGUGGGCCGAGACGAAUAUCAUCAAUCAGAUUUUGGUCAUGUACAAAAACAGCAACUAUUUGCACCGAAUGACUUGUCUGUUUUGCAUUAAUGCGCUGGCCGAUGUGUGCGAUGCCGAUAUUAUCGAACGGCUUUUCCUGCCGACCAUCAAAGUAUUAUCGAUCGAUCCGGUGGCGAACGUGCGGUUCAAUGUGGCGAAAACGCUACAGAAACUGUCCCCAUUCCUCGACCAGGCUGCCAUCGACGAGCACGUAAAGCCGAUCCUGGAAAAGCUUAACACCGACACGGACGUUGACGUAAAGUACUUUGCAUCGGAAGCGAUGGUUGGCAUUGCUGCAGCCUAAGUUCAUGGUUCACGGGUGAUCACUAGUACCAACAGCGCAGCGCUCCCGAGAGGUAUCUCUGUUCAACAGGGAAGAAUUGAAGGACAUGGCAAGAGAAGGGGGCUUUAUAACGGCAGCACGCAGAGCUCCAACAACAUCAAACACGCUCAAUCCCCCAUUAGUUUAUUCGGUUUUCGGUUGAUCCAGCAUGAGGCAUUGCGCGUAUUGUUUGAUUUUCCGUUUAAGAAAAUCGCCUACUUAGAGAAGCGUUCACCCAUCUCGAAGAAACCUGGUGACGAAACCUGCUGCUUCUCAGUUGUGUCUUUAAUUCGUAGAAGUUUGAAGUUUGAGUUUGCAGUGGCAAAAAAUCAUAAAUCAUAUAAUAAGAGUUCACACGGGAGACGAGGAAAUCAUAUCUUGUGACCGAUUAAAUCUUGUUCUACGGACAUUUUAGGUUCGAUACAACAUUGGAACCCCCCUUUUUAUCCCCUUUACAUUAUUUGGGAUUGUGUACCGUAUGAGUAAAUGAUGAGAACAAUGUAAAUCCUUCAUGGAAGCGUUUGUUAACCUUCGCAUUUGCAAAGUCAAGCCUGUUUUACACAGACGAGAGGAAUGAAAUACACUAAACGAACGCGCAUAAAAGGAGCAGAGAUCACAUAACACGUUACGAAAAUAAAGGAAUGGCCGCAUCGCUCUUCGCUCUUUUGGGUUGUUCGUUCGGCGGAAGUCUGCUAACUUCUACAAAACUUUCUUCUUAGUACCGCCUAAGUUUAAUCUAUACCUAAACAUAAAUAUAAAUAAAAUGUAUUUCUGGAGAUGAGUUCUGGCGCAGAAACGGAAAUGUAACUUAUCGUGUAAGGAUAACACAAACACAGGAAAUCAUCAACACCUGCGAACACAAACUCACGCCGUCGUGUAGAGGGAGAAAAG